GAGGCGGCAGUGUGGUUUGUGGCCAAACCUAAAGGCUCCAAUUAAUCAGCUGCCUGGCCCUCCCUACUCCAGAGAAACAGGCAGGUCUUAAAAGAAAUCUUCGCUCCCUAGGACUCUCUCCUACGCUCGCUGUGCGGUUCUGUGUGCGCGCUCGGUGCCUCGGGGCGAGGAGGUCGGGAGGAGCCAGAACUGGGAGGCGGGAACGACCUGCCACGGGUGAGAUGAUGGAGCAGCGUCUUCGGCGGCCGCGGUGGCAGCAGCAGCAGCAGCGACCGCGGCAACAGCAGCAGCUCUUGAACACACCUCAAUGAGAGCCGCGGUGGAAGCGGCUGAGCAGAAAGACGUAAGCAGGCUAACUAUAGCCGCCGGGAGCGCGAGGGGAUGUAACCUGUUCUGCUCAAGGCUGCGAGGUGCGUAAUCCCGAGCCGACCCAUUGUGAGCGGGUGCAGCCAGCACUGCCACAGGUGAUUUGAUUUCCUGUAACCGCAGUUGAGCCAGCUGGGCCAAUUUCGAAACAUUUGUAUUUUAAAGUCGUUUUGGACUGGGUGCCGUCUGGAGAAGAGGGAAGACCCCUAAUGAAAGUCUUACUGUUGAUAAAUUGAGGACCAACAUUUAAAAAGUGACUCCUCCCGUUACCUCCUUUCCUCUCUGCGAGACUGAUGGGGGCCAUGGCUCACCCCUUACUCCUCUGCCUCCUGCUCGCUCAUCUGGGACUGGGAGCUGUAAGCGCCAGCCGCGACCCUCCGGGACGGCCGGAUUCCCCUCGAGAGAAGACCCUGAGGGGGAAGCAGCACGCGCAGCAACUGGCUCGAGUCUCUGCCUCGGACCCCUCGGCUCCCUGGAGCCGCUCCACCGACGGCACCAUCUUGGCGCAGAAACUCGCCGAGGAGGUGCCCAUGGACGUGGCCUCUUACCUCUACACCGGGGACUCCCACCAGCUGAAGCAAGCCAACUGUUCCGGCCGCUACGAGUUGGCAGGCCUGCCGGGGAAGUCGCCAGCCCUAGCCAGUUCCCAUCCCUCCUUGCACGGGGCGCUGGACACGCUGACACACGCCACCAACUUCCUCAACAUGAUGCUGCAGAGCAAUAAGUCUCGGGAGCAGAACUUGCAGGAUGACCUGGAGUGGUACCAGGCGCUGGUACGGAGCCUCUUGGAGGGUGAGCCCAGCAUCUCUCGGGCGGCCAUCACCUUCAGCACCGAGUCGCUGUCCGCGCCGGCCCCUCAAGUCUUCCUCCAGGCCACACGCGAAGAGAGUCGCAUCCUGCUCCAGGACCUGUCCUCUUCCGCACACCACCUGGCCAACGCCACUCUGGAGACCGAGUGGUUCCACGGCCUCCGGCGCAAGUGGAGGCCCCACUUACACCGCCGAGGUUCCAAUCAGGGACCCCGGGGCCUGGGCCAUAGCUGGCGGCGCAGGGACGGACUUGGCGGGGACAAGAGCCAUGUCAAGUGGUCUCCGCCUUAUCUGGAGUGCGAGAACGGGAGUUACAAACCUGGAUGGCUGGUUACUCUUUCCGCUGCCUUCUAUGGGUUGCAGCCUAACCUGGUCCCAGAAUUCAGGGGUGUCAUGAAAGUUGAUAUAAAUCUUCAGAAAGUGGACAUUGACCAAUGUUCAAGUGAUGGCUGGUUUUCAGGAACUCACAAAUGCCACCUGAACAAUUCAGAGUGUAUGCCAAUUAAAGGCCUAGGAUUUGUACUUGGAGCCUAUCAGUGCAUUUGCAAAGCAGGAUUCUAUCAUCCGCGAGUCUUCUCAGUGAACAAUUUUCAGAGAAGGGGUCCAGAUCAUCAUUUUUCAGGAAGUACAAAAGAGGUAUCAGAAGAAGCCCAUGUCUGCCUGCCCUGCAGAGAGGGCUGCCCCUACUGUGCUGAUGACAGCCCAUGCUUUGUCCAGGAGGAUAAGUAUUUGCGACUUGCCAUCAUCUCCUUCCAAGCCCUGUGUAUGCUGCUUGACUUCGUCAGCAUGAUGGUGGUCUACCACUUUCGCAAAGCAAAGAGCAUCAGGGCAUCGGGCCUUAUCCUGUUGGAAACCAUCCUUUUUGGGUCUCUGCUUCUAUACUUUCCGGUUGUUAUUUUGUACUUUGAGCCAAGUAUGUUUCGCUGUAUUCUCCUAAGAUGGGUCCGUCUCCUUGGUUUUGCCACUGUUUAUGGAACUGUCACUCUCAAGCUUCACAGGGUUUUGAAGGUGUUUCUUUCACGAACAGCACAACGAAUUCCUUACAUGACUGGUGGCCGGGUCAUGAAGAUGCUGGCAGUAAUACUCUUGGUAGUGUUCUGGUUUCUCGUUGGCUGGACUUCAUCAGUAUGCCAGAAUUUGGAGAGGCAGAUUUCACUUAUUGGCCAGGGACAAACAUCUGAUCACCUCAUCUUCAAUAUGUGCCUCAUUGACCGCUGGGAUUACAUGACAGCAGUUGCUGAAUUUUUAUUCCUUUUGUGGGGUGUUUAUCUCUGCUAUGCAGUGCGGACAGUCCCAUCAGCAUUUCAUGAGCCACGCUAUAUGGCUGUUGCAGUUCACAAUGAGCUCAUUAUCUCUGCUAUAUUCCAUACAAUUAGAUUUGUUCUUGCCUCAAGACUUCAGUCUGAUUGGAUGUUGAUGCUGUAUUUUGCACAUACUCAUUUGACUGUGACAGUCACCAUUGGGUUGCUUUUGAUUCCAAAGUUUUCACAUUCAAGCAAUAAUCCACGUGACGAUAUUGCCACAGAAGCAUAUGAAGAUGAGCUAGAUAUGGGUCGAUCUGGAUCCUACCUGAACAGCAGUAUCAAUUCAGCCUGGAGUGAGCACAGCUUGGAUCCAGAGGACAUUCGGGAUGAGCUGAAGAAACUCUAUGCCCAGUUAGAAAUAUAUAAAAGGAAGAAGAUGAUUACAAAUAAUCCCCACCUCCAGAAAAAGCGGUGCUCGAAGAAGGGCUUAGGCCGUUCCAUCAUGAGGCGCAUCACUGAGAUUCCAGAGACUGUCAGCAGACAGUGUUCCAAAGAGGACAAGGACACGGCAGACCAUAGCAUGGCCAAAAGUACAGCCCUUGUCAGGAAGAACCCACCAGAGCCUUCAGGUAAUACAGGGAGACCCAAGGAGGAGUCCCUGAAAAACAGAGUCUUCUCACUCAAGAAAUCCCACAGCACUUAUGACCAUGUCAGAGACCAACCAGAAGAGUCCAAUAGCCUACCAACGGAAAACCAAGAAGAGGAGGCUACAGAAAAUUCCACACUGGAAUCUCUUUCAAGUAAAAAACUAACACAAAAACUUAAAGAAGACAGUGAGGCGGAGUCUACAGAGUCAGUGCCUUUGGUGUGUAAGUCAGCAAGUGCUCACAACCUCAGCUCAGAGAAGAAGCCUGGGCACCCACGAACAUCUAUGUUACAAAAGUCCCUUAGUGUCAUAGCAAGUGCCAAGGAGAAGACUCUGGGACUCACUGGGAAAACCCAAACAUCAGGUGUAGAAGAACGUGCUAAAUCCCAGAAAACUCUGCCAAAAGAUAAAGAGACAAACAGAAAGUGUUCAAAUUCAGAUAACACAGAGACUAAAGAUCUUGUCCCCCAAAACUCCAGUCACUUGGAGGAACAAAGAAAGCCUCAGAAAUCUGGGAUUAUGAAACAACAAAGGGUCAAUCCCCCUACUGCCAGUUCCGACCUGAGCCCAGGCACCACCCAGAUGAAGGACAACUUUGACAUUGGGGAAGUGUGCCCAUGGGAGGUUUAUGACCUGACCUCUGGUCCUGUGCCUUCAGAAACAAAAGCUCAAAAACACGUAUCUAUUGCGGCUUCUGAAAUGGAAAAAAAUCCAAUGUUUUCCUUAAAGGAGAAAUCUCUCCACAAGCCUAAGGUGGCUGAAGGAUGUCAACAGUCCAGUCAGAAGAGCAUAGAUAAGGCUGAAGUGUGCCCUUGGGAGAGCCAGGAUCAGUCUUUUUUUGAAGAUGAAAAACAUUUGAUUUCCAAGACUCCAGUUCUCCCAGGGAGAGCCAAAGAUGAGAAUGGAGGUCAGCACCGGGCAGCCACUGUGCGUGCUGGGCAAUAUGAGGAACUGCCCCCAAAAGUCACAGCAUCAAAAAUAGAGAAUGAAAAUAUCAACCAAAUGCGAGACCAGGAAAAGACAUCUUUCUCAGUGGAAAAUGCGCCUGGUUCCUGUAACCCAAGUAAAAACUCCCAACAGCCCUUAACAUCACGAGCUGAGGUGUGUCCUUGGGAGUUUGAGGCCCCCAGUCACCUAAAUGCUGAAAGAAGUGUAACUUUACCGUCCUCUUCAGCUUUAAGUGCAAAUAAGAUAGCAGGGCCUCGGAAAUAACAGAUCUGGGACUCUUAAAAGUGUAGCAUCCCCAGGAAGAUAAGAAAGAAGAAACUCCAAAUGUGAUAUAAGACAGAAGAUCUAAGAAUCAAGAAUUCCCACAGAGUAUUUUGUCAGUCGAGGGAAAUAUGAUAGAUAGUAAGGGCAGGUGAAAGGCAUGGACUAGAGAUGACUAGGUGCAACACAUCACAGUGCAGAAGUCAGACUUCAGCCAAGAAAAGUCAUUCCCCAGUAAACUAGGAAAAUCUUCACAUUCAUCGCAUCUAAGGGAAUGCCCUGCACGUCUGCCCUGAUCUAUCUUUACCCGUGGGACUUUGAAGAGCCUAAGCAAGAUGAGCCAGUAGACAGAAGAUGUAUGAUUUUGGCAAAGAAAAAGUUAUAGAUAGAUAUAUAUGACAAAUUCUAAGUAGCUGAGUGAAAAGACCUUACUUUACCUAUUUAACCUUGAUAGCACUGCUAACUUAAUGCAUCCCAAAAAUAUCUUUUAUAUUAAUGAUUGCUCUCAUUUUCUUAUAAAUGUAUGUUUCAGUACAUUGUUGUGUCUCAUAUUCAAGCAUUCCAGAUUGUAUAAUUUUUGCAAAUAACUUUGAUAUUAUGUGACACAACAUAUUUAUGCAAUCUGCAGCUACUCAAUUGUUCUUGCAACUUACAGAAUACCUGCUAUCAACUUUAGUUGAUUCUUGAAUACAGUAAGCUUUCUCUGGCUUAAGAAGCCAUAACAGUUAUGAUAAAAACUUUUAGUUUGGGCUGUGGUUUGUAUAUUGUGAAUUUGGAUUUGACUUUAUUAUUUCACUUCAUGAUUUGUUAUACAGUCUUAAUCAGGGUUUUUUAUACAAGUUGAGUUACUUAUUUUGCACUUCUUGUUAGGACUCAGAAGCUUUAUUAUUACUGGAGAUCAAGUGGUCCUACUUAGUCAUGUCUCCAUAAGUUAAGGACAACUUAUCCAUUGUUUGUUCAAAAUCAGAGAUCAUUCCAAUUAACUGUCCCUUUUACUCUCAGUAUUUCAUACUUAGCAGCAUUUCCUAAGGAAGAAGCUAAGAGUGAGAAAAAUACACUGUGCAUUAUUUUUAUCAUUGGAAAGGGAAGACUCUAGGAAUGAUGAGAAUUAUAGCAUUAAUACAGAUAGAUCCAGGAAAUUUGCCUUUCAAAGUGAGGACAGAAAGACAACUCCUAAUAGCACUUUCAAGGGAUUAUUUUUUUAAAGAGAAAAAUUAAUGAUAGCAUCAAUAUCAUUAUAUGGAUAUAUUUUAUUAUGCAUACUGAAAAUAUAUUUUAAAUUACCUUAAACUAUUUAUUCUCAUAAAAUUUUAUUCAUCGUUUCAACUAGGGAUAGAAUUUGCUGGGCUCAAAUCCCAAAGAGGUUUUAUAACCUGAUUAAUUCAAAGACUAUAAGGUGGUAUGGGUUCUUCAUUCUCCCACACAUGAGAAUCCUUCAAGUCCUGCAAAUUGCCCUUGCAAGCCACCUUACUCAAAAUGUAAAGUCUAAUAUUAUUUGCAAGGCAAAACAGCCUGCAAAGUAUAUCUUACAAAACUUACAGCAUUCCACACUGAUCUCUUGGCAUGAAAAUCCUAAGCUGCUGACUUAAUUCUACUGAUGACCAUGCAGUGAGAUUCCAAAGCUCAGUCUCAUUUAUUUAAAGGCGAAUAACUUAAAAAUAGAGCCCAGACUUUGCUUUCUCUCACUCUAAACCCUGAAGUACCAACUGCAUAUUUGGCCAGGAUAUUUCCAACCUAAAUAACUGCUUUUCAUUUCAUAAGCAGCAAGGGGAACAUGCUAGGAGGAUAAAAGAUGAGGGAAAGGAGUCAGAAGGUGGAUUCAAGGCUGUUCUUAGAGAAUUUGAUCCUCAGUGGAAGUGAAAACAGAAUUCUCUAUGUCCAUCAUCAAUAUUUUCUCAGUGAUUUUAUUCAGGAGUAUGCGAGCACGUGCCCUUUUGCAAAGCUGUGCGUGAAUCUUCCUCACCCAUUUGCUUGCUUUGUGCAAUACUCAGGUUGGUGGGGUAGGUAUGAAGAGCUAUAGAAAUUCUAUUUUAAAGUGUUGCCUUCAUUUCUUUCUUUCGUCCCUUCCUUUUUUAGUCAAUGUCUAUCUUCCUAUCUUCUUGAGUUUCUUAGAAUACUACUUUAAGGUAUAUUUGUGAACUUGGUUUCAAGUUUCUAGACCCACAUGCUUGUUUCACUUAUGUCUGAGAUUUCUUAGCAUUUGAUUCACUUUUAAGAAUUAAGCAGUCAAGCGUCAAUGACUUUUAUUGCACUUCAGGAUGAUCCUGCCACAGAUGUGGCUUAAAGAAAACUUGCCAGAUUUUACCUUAGUGACAUUCUACAAUCUAUAGAUUAUUCUCUACCAGCAUAUAACAGUGAAAAUGCCUAGGGUCUUUCCUAGAGUUUCAUUGCCAUUAUUAAUCACCAGGAGAAGUUAAAAUUUACAAUUCUGGAGGUUAUUUUCCCAGACUGAUAACAAUAAAGUGAAUAAACACUGUUAGAGUCUCACAAACAUUUGUUAGGUUGUCCUUCUCAAUGCAUGUGCAGGCUGCAUCCUGUCCUUGUUUUUAUGCCAGGGUUUAUAAAUAAGUAGAUUUAUAUCAAUCUUAAUAGAACUGUAUAUUUUAUGCAAGAAUUAAAUGCUUUACGACAUGAAUUAUAACUCAACCCAUUGUAAACUUUGGUGGCAAUAUGGAUUUGACACUCGACAGUUCUCUUGUAUUUGCUUCCUAGGUUUCUGCAUGCAAGUGAUGACAGGUAGGACUGAAAAAACACUGCCUUUGACUUCUAGCAUUUAGCAACUGAGAGUUGUAGAGUCAACAAAGCUGUAAGUCUCUUCACUUAACCUGUGAUUCUUCUGAAACUAUUAUCUGAAACCUACAGCAUCCCACCAUGAGAUAUUUGGUAAAUUUAUGUCGUGAUGUGUGGCAGCAUGUAAAUAAUUAUAACUUCUCUGCAAUAAAACAUAUUUAUAUGAAAGUUAUUUGUCAUGAUUUGUGUGUCCAUCUGUCAGAAAUUGAAUUUAUUUCACCCAACUCACUUUAGAAAGAAUUCCACAUAGAUCCUUGGUUUUGGUACCCUUAUGCACAUAUUGCCUUAUCUUGCCUAUCUAGAGAAAUAGGUGAUUAGCCAAAUAUGGUCUCAAACAUAUAGGUAAUCAUUUAGCACCAUUAAAACCCAUCAGCACUGGACUAGUGGUUUUGAUUUAAGGUCUGCCCAAAUAGGAACGAAUUCAGCUACCUUUUUGUGUUUGUUGUUAUUGGUUUAUUCUGCAGACAUACCAGGCAGUCUGCUAAGCAGUGAUGAUAGAAAGAUAAAUGAGACCUCCAAGAACAUUCAGGCCCAUAAAAGUAUCCAGUCACUGGUGGGAUAAUACACAGAUGAGCAUAACUAAGUCAAGGAAUCAGGGAAUUCAUGUUCCCUGGAAGUUAGUUCUGCAAAGGCAUCAGGUAUGAAGAGGAGCGUGUAAGGCUAAAGGUGACUGUGCACAGCUUGCAUGCCAAGCUUUAGUUAACUGAAACUUGAUGCCAUCAUACUGGAUGCUAUCAAGAAGUUUUCAACAGAGGCAGGAUCAAGUUGCAUAUUAGAAGGAUCAUACAGGGAGCAUCCCAGAAAUGGAAUGAAAUGGAAAGACACUAGAGGUUAGAGGUGACUAAUUAGACCAGUUAGAAUACUAGCAUGACAGUCACAGUUGGGAACAUGAUGGCCUAAGCUGGGGAGGAAAAGAUUGCUGUUUAUUUCAUCAAAUCACAUCUUCAAAUGCAUUUACUAUUGUCAUGUGACGUGAGAAAAAUCAGAAUACUUAGAUAAUUAUGGCAGAUAUCAUGUUUGUUGACAUUUUGGCUUAUUUGAAAAUUAAAAGCCCUCUCUGAAGACUGAUACACCUCAUACCAUCUCCCUAUGAGAAAUCGGUAGAAUAGGAUCUCCAUUCAUGCUAUGGGAGGCCUUGAAGCUAAACUGGGUUGGGAAAGGAAAGAGCCACUAAAGGGCUCAUUGCAAUAUGGACUUCAGUGCCUAUCUGGAAGUGGUAAUUUUCAGAAGCAUCUCCAGAAACAGAAACAGGAAUGAAAAGAGGGAGGAGAAGGGAGCUGCCUCCCCUGCCUAAUUCCUGCACCCCUCUCUCCUCAAAUGAAGCAUAGCAUUGCUGCUUCCCAUCUGUUCAUAUUGUGUGCACCUGAUGCACAGAACUCUUGUAGAAUCUGUGGUUGUGUGGCUGCAGCGCUUUGAACACCCUGAAAGGGCUAACACAAAAAAUUAUUUGGGGAUUAACAAAGCAUGAAAGUUAAGUCUGCUGUGGGUUCUCAUGUGAGGAAGAAGAUAUAGGCUUUUCAGUUACUGGUGAAAUUGUUCAGUUGAUGUCUGUAUUACUUUUUCCAUACAUAUUCAUAGUGCUAGUCAUUGUUUCUUUGUUCUAAAUUUAGAAUCUUUCUGUUAAAAAAAUGCCUAAGGGAAAUAAGUCUACCAGAAAUGUACUUUAUCAUACAAAAUAUAAUAAUGUAAACCUGUUGUUCAAAACAAUGCAAGUUAGUAAAGAUUUUAUUUCAGCAUGUUCCAUUCUUUUCCCCUGAAUAGUUAUAAAGGCAAAAAUAAUAUUCGUCUUAUUUUGGUUAUUUUCUCUUCAAACAUUUGUUUCUAGGAAAGCACAAGGACCAAGUUCAAGCACAUUGAAUGUUCUAAUUUAGUGUUAACUGGUUAGAAGGCAGAUAAUGAAAUGUAUAAAUUGACUUAUAAUUUCUCUCUCUAUUCCUGUGAUGUAAAAAUAAUACAUUGUCAGAAACAAAGCUGUCUGAUGAAAUGGAAAUGGAAAAUGAGAUAUAAAAAUGGGAAAAGUUCUGUACUACCCAG